AGCGUGUGAAAAUUUGAGUGAAAAACCAUUGUGGUAAAAGGUGCGGUCUGCUUGAAUUGUUGUUAGGUGACCUCAUUUUCUGUUUGUUGAAAAAAGGAGAAGUUAGCGUUACUUUAGACAAAAUGGGUUCCACCGAGUACAGCAUUGGUCUUUCGGACGAGAAGAGCUCCAGCCGUGUGCUGAAGCCUCCGGGUGGCGGCCAUUCCGACAUCUUUGGUUCUCCGGAAGUGAAAGCCAACCCACCGCGGCCGAAAUACAACCAGCAGAACUCUUCCAACAUGAACGGCGUGAUGGGAACAAUGGAUCCGAACCUGAAAGGUAACUCAGCGCAGCCGGAAUCGGCCCAGGCUGCAGCUUCUGACGCACCCAAGGCUGCUGGCCAACCAUCGGCGGCUCCCGCUUCCGCCAACCAGUCGGACCAAUCUGGCGGACGAGCCCGUGUUCCCCCGGGUGGCUUUUCGUCUGGCCUUUGGUAAACGCUCAUGCUUGCAAAAA